AUGAUGAAACCGGAUGUCUUUGUUGAGAGCCUAUGGCAUGGCAGAAAACCUGCGGCUAGCCAAAAAAUCGAGUACAUAAAGAAGCAGUUAACUAUAGAGGAAAAUGUCGGUAGCUCAGGUAGCGUAGAUGGUGGUCGUUGGCUGGUUCGCUGGUGGUUGUGCACAACCACCAACCCACCGCUACACACUCCUACGCUCCACAAUAACGCACUGAUGAUGUCACCUGGAUUGGUGAUGAAACGUUUGCAAUCAAAUUGUCCAGCUCAGCGAACAAGCCAACGACCAGAUGAGAAAAUGUUUACGGGACCAAAA